AUGGACCCUGCGCACGGACAUAUCUGUGGGGUGCUGCAGAGGAUGCUCGGCUCGGCCUCGUCAGUUCCCGGCCGAGCAUCGUUCGUCUCCAUCACCCAGCACCAAACACCAAACGCCAACCGCCAGACGCAAGACUCCAGACGCCAACGCCAAACGCCAAACGCCAAACGCAGCUCUAUAAUGGCGACCGUAGACGAGCGCGAGCUCCAAGUCAAUCCCAUUGUCGGCACCAGCGUCCAGCACAACACACAGGUAACAUCCAACAUCCGCAACCUGACCGCUUCCCUCUUCGGCGUCGCUGCUGGCACGCUCGGCCUCGAAUCCUACCCGGGCUUCAUCUUCUACCUCGCCGCCUCCCUCCUCGUAUCUCUGCUCUUAUUCGUCUUGAAGGCGGAGGGACAGGCAGGGAAAUACUUCUACAAGCCGCUUGGCGACCUGUGGCUGGGCGAUGUGUUUGGCGGUCUGAGCGGGUUUGUGCUUACUUGGACGCUGUUCUACGGGCUGGUGAGAGCGUGA